AGUGUACAUGACAUCCUCAGCAUCAAAAUGAAAUAAAUAGUAUUUUCGAGAAGAAAGCUGGUAUUAGGAUUAAAGAUACUAUGUUCGCUGCUCGAAAUUCCGGUAAAAUAUCGGACUGGUUAAGAGAAGAUGUUUGAGAUAAACUUCUUGAGAAAUGGAAUACCCCAGAAUGGCAGGCAAAGAGUUAACAAGCAAAGGCAAACCAUGCCUCUAGUAAAGGUGGCUCGUUGCACACAGGAGGAAAAGGAAAGAGAGCGAGAUAUGAGUCACGCUGAGGUCUUCGAGGAGAUGCAUAAGAAAAUGAAGAAGGAUGGUACAAGAGAAACCGGGUGGAGACGCGUGCGUCAUACAUAUGAAGAUUAUCAUAAAAGGUUGGAAGAAUGGCAACAAACUCAGCAUCUUUCAACUCAACCAACACCUGAUGAAAUGGCUUCGUUGUGGACAGAGGCAGCGGGUGGAGUAAACAAAGGCAGAGUCUACGGACUAGGAGUACGUCGACCUACAGGUCAUCCAAACCCACUCUUAGCCAAUUCUUCAUCUUCUUCUCAAAAUCAAGAAUAAAUGGAUGAUAUGAGGUCGGAAAUUCGUGAUUUGGAGCAACAAUUGGACUCCCAAUACGGAACAUUUGUUAAGAUGCAAAAAUUCAUGAGAAAACAUGGGCAUGAUUUAUCUGAUGAUGAGGAUGAACAAACUGAAUCUGAUGUGCUGUAGUUUAGUUGUGAUGUUUUGGUUGAUUGGUAAACUUGAUUGUGAGAGACAACUUUAUGUAUUGUUUUUAAACUUGAAUGCGGGCUACUAUUUGAAUGUUUUUAUGCCCAAAAUUGUUAGAUUUAAUGGUUGGUAUAAGUUGUGUUAAUGGUUGGCAUUGUUGGUUUAUAUUGUGUUAAUGUAUUGUUGGUU